AGUUCGCUGUCUGGCCACUACAGUUCAUUCAGUGUACCAUGGUCCGUGAUACCAUAGACUGACGAGCGUCUGCCGAGACGCGCGAAACUAAUUCGAAAUUUAAACGAUAAAAAGUUGUGAAAAUAAAUUGUGGUUGAUUAGUGAUUUUAUUUUGUUUUCGACAUGUGGAGGGCUGUAUUAGGGCUUUCGAUUUUCUUGUACGUGAUUGUAUCACAUGUAACUACGGCGCCGGCAUAUUAUCCGCACAAACGUGGCCCAAGGUAUACUAUAUCGAAUGGCCCCCAAACGCAGCGUCAGCCUUACAUCGAGGUGCGCAAUUCGACAUACCAUGGCAGUGGACCACGCGAGGAGGCUAGGGCCAUGUGUUCCGUCAAGACGCAGGAGGUCAACGCUACGGCCAACGCUACCAUUACUAGGAGGCUACAUGGAGUCGUCACUUCUAGAGAACUCCACAGUUCUAUCCAGCGUCUAGAAGUGAUAAUCUACGGACAAAUGCAGCAGCUUUGGCAGAGUUUGGACGCUUUGAGGACGCAGCUAGGCGGCAACCCGCGUGCUAACAGCAUGUACCCAGCUAGGAAUACCGUGUCUUUCAGAUAUCAACCGCACGCGCUGUGAUUCUAAACAACACCUUUUUGGUAGACACAAAUUACAAUCUUACAAUCGUUAGGUAGGCACAUUACUGUUUAGGACAUUAAAAUAUUUUAAUUGGAAUACUGGUAAA